GACGUGGCUGCAACCGAUGUUACUGCAGUUGACUGUGAAUUCGCAUGUGCAGUUAUUUGCUAUUAAAUUAAAAAAAAAAACCUGCAACGUAAAACCAAAACAAAACCGGAAAACAAAUUGGGUCCCGCUUUGAUUUACAAAUAGCUCAUAAAAAACAGAUAUAAAGGGCGACUGGAAUGAUUUAUCGUGUUCUAGCAAACAUUUCUUUGAGUUAAUGUAUAUAUUGUCUAGUUUAAUAUAUGAAUAUUAUUCCAUCGGUGUCCGUGUUUUUGUCCACAGUCAUGUCUCCAAAACGUAGACUGAUUACCGACUCUUUCAAAGUGGUGAAGAGAGCGAGGACGUCCGAUAAUAGAGGAAAGACCCCCCCAGUCCCAGAGCACGAGGCUGAGCCCGACCCCUUGACACCGCGAGAAAAGGACCUGCUCCAGCUAAGGAAGUUUGACCUGGACUGGCGCUAUGGACCAUGCACAGGGAUCAGCCGUCUGCAGCGUUGGGAGAGGGCCCAGCUGAAUGGUCUAAACCCCCCAGCGGACGUACGGGAGCUGCUACUGAAGGACGAUGAUGAUCCAGAGUAUUCCCACAGUCUGUGGCGGGAUUACCCACUCUGAAGAAAGGACAAUGGGGCCGCCCCAGGGGGCUUUAAAAUGUAACAUUCAACCUGUAAUGCUACUUUUUAUAAAGUUUUUUAUUAUUGGGUA